AAUUCCUUCCCUUUCCCUGCCGGGCUGCAGCUGCUGGUGCUGCUGCUGCUGCGGCACUGAGAUUUCAAAUUUGCCAUCUUUGUGCCCAAGUGUCCACUACACAUGAGCUCCACUGUGGUCAGUAAUGGCUGGGGAGAUCCAGGUGCCACAUGGUUUAAACUUGGCAUGCGUGGUUUAGUGGUCAGUGAAGGACAUGGUCCCUUUCAGCUGCAAUGAACUCAUGUCUCAGCACGAUGUUAGGUGGGAUCAGGCCAGAACUGCUAUCUUCACAUUCCUCUAGAAACUCAUGGGAGUUUGACAGCGCCCACAGUCUCCCAGGCACUUUGAAAUCCCCCAGCAACUCCUGCUUCACAAAGUUCACAGGGAGCUGCGAGACAGAUCCCGCGUGUGUGGUGAGAGAUUUACCUGCUCAGGGAGAUGGAGGGCAAGUGCUGUGCAAGUCGAGGUGGCUCCUGGGGCUGCUGGCUGACCACAGGGCGGCCUAGUGCUGUUUGCCUGGUGUGAUUUCUCUGCUUCAGUUGUUGGUGAUGGAUGUUAAUCACACUGCUUAAUGCAGCUAUGGACAGCAGUAAGGCGUCACAGUAAUGGGAAUUGCGCAAUAACCUUGCCUAGAAUAGAACAGAGUGGAGCAGAACAAUGGCUCAUUUCUCUUUGCAGGCACAUCUUUUUCUAUUCAGAACUCAUUAACCCCUAUGUCUCGGCUGCAUUCCAGUCCAGAGAUGUAACGUCUGCUAAACUGGAGAGAAAUUAUCAGAGGACUGCUACAGUAGCUCUCGGGGUCAGCACUGCUCUGGUCCAGAGGCAGAAAACAGUGUGGUUCCUAUGAAGAAAAACAGUCAGCAAUGAUCCUACAGGACAGGUCUCACAUGAGGGUCUUUGAUACGAAGGGCAGCUCUCCGCUUCUGUAGCUGAUGGGUGAGGACAACGGCUUGAUAAAAGGAGCUACCAAGAGCUGGCAGGAUGAGUUACAGCUCACCCUCUGUGCAUGACUUGUAUCACAGCACCACCACCACGGCCAAGCCAGACCCAGGGACAACUCUGGAUGUGACUGUACCAGAAACAGCUACCAUAAGUCCUGAGACUACCAGUUUCAACAGCACCAAAAUCCCAGAUGUGGCCAACACUGGACCCGGCAUGAGCACAAUGCUGCUGUCCUUUGGGAUCAUUACUGUGAUUGGGUUGGCUGUAGCUAUGGUUCUGUAUAUCAGGAAGAGGAAGAGGCUGGAGAAGCUACGGCACCAACUCAUGCCCAUGUACAACUUUGAUCCCACUGAGGAACAGGAUGAGCUGGAGCAGGAGCUGCUGGAACAUGGGCGAGAUGCAGCAUCUUCCCAGGCAUCGCAGAGCAAGACGUUGCCAAUGCCAUCAAUGCAUGAACAAUACCUGCCCCUGCUCUGGGAUCAUGCUGAGACUGGGGAGGAUGAAGCCAACAAACCAGUGACUUCCCGCAAGCAUGGCCGAUCCACUGAGCCCAGCUGGUCACCCCGUUGGUUUGUGUUACAAAUGGGCACAAGCACUGGGAACUCUCGUCACUUUGGGAAGCAAACCCUUUGUGAUGGCAGUGGUGAUUUUUUGGUGCGUCUGUUACCACUAAAAGGUCCUGAGCUCCAGUUUCUGGGCUGGUGCUGAGUGAUACCAUCUACCAAGCUGCGUGCUUAGGAACAGUGCCUGCUUUGUUGUAGAUUAACUUGUCAGAGCACAUGUGCAUGCUCUCUGGGUCAGGGAAGGAGGAGAGAUGCAUGUUUCAGAGAGCUUCCCCAUUGGCUUUGUGCCACCAGACCCCAAGGAGAGCGAUGAAUGAGCCUCUCCCUACAGUGACCACAGACUUUGGCAGAUCCUGGAGGGGGGACUGGUGGCAAAGCCCCUUUGAGCAAGGAGAGCUGACUCCUCUAGCUGAGCAGUAAUCUCGGGCAUGCCAAGGAGAACACAUACUAUGGGCUUAUCCCCCUUGUGGCAUGUGGGCUGCUGAUAGAUGUGUGCCCGGGGUAAUGUUGAAGCAUGGGGAAUUCACUAGCUUUAAAAAGUGAAAUCGUGACCAUUUGGCUGAUUACAUCUUAACUGAGGAAGUGGCUGAAUAUCUCAAAUUAGGGCUGCUGUACAGACAGAGGGGAAUUCACACAGCUAGAGGCAGGGGGUGUCAAUCUCUGGCUAUGUGACUCCCUGCCGCUGAGCUAGGGAUAAUGGUGCUUGGGCCUCAGAGAGGAGUCCAGCAGAACUGGGGUUCCGGUACCAUGCGUCACCCUCCUGCUUUGGCUCAGGGAAGUUUCUACAGUGCAGAGUGUUAUCUAGAAAAAAAGAUCAAGCCUUGAAAUAUUUGCUUUUAAAUAAGGAAAAACAUGU